CUGAUUGAUAUUCUGAAGUCAUGAAGACCUUUAUUGUCAUUAUAUUGAUAGGAGGACUGGGUUAUGUAGCAUCAGGAGAGAAGGUACAAGACAGUAAUGAAAGAAGAACAACAGCUAACAAUAAAGAAGAGUCAUUAGAAAAUAGAAAUAUUACUAAUAUAGCAGGGCUUGGUGAUCAGCCAGCAAUUGAGAUUCUAAUCAUAUUCAGUAAUAAACAUAAGGUACUAACAGUAAGAAAAUUCAGAGGAGAUGUACUUGAUUAUAGCCCUACCCUGGAUACCCUUCAAUAUGGAGACGGGACAAAAAAUGUCACAUCAAGCCUUUUAGCAUAUCGGACAAACUUUAGAACUCACGGGCAAGCUCUAGCGGCUGGGUUCCUCAACCUAGAGGGUUUGUUCCCGUGCAGUAAAGGUAAAUCGUAUGUGCCACCUUGCACUACAUUAAUGUAUGAAGAAGACGGUUUUAAUAAUGGAUAUCCGAUACUCCAAGCAGGGGAUUCAGGGAAAACCUUUAAAGUCUUUGAAGGGAGUACUUAUGCCUUUGCUUUCAAUGGCUGCACCAGGUUUACUGCAACAGCUCCAUGUAUGCACCUGUACUAUGGGUUCAGUGUGGCCUGCUUCCUUCCAGCAUCUUGCCGGAGUACACUUUCUCAUCAAUAGAUGGAAC